UCUAGGUCAUGGGUGUCAAACUGGCGGCCCUCCAGCUGUUGCCAAACUACAAGUCCCAUAAUGCUUCUGCCUUUGGGAGCCAUGCUUGUAACUGUCAUUUUGCAAUGCCUCAUGGGACUUGUAGUUUGGCAACAGCUGGAGGGCCACCAGUUUGUAACCCGUGACCUAGAGGGCAGGGGUGUCAAAUUGGCGGCCCACCAGCUGUUGCAAAACUACAUCAUGCUUCUGCCUUUGGGAGUCAUUCUUGUAACUGUCAAUCUUGCAAUGCCUCAUGGGACUUGUAGUAUGGCAAAAGCUGGAGGGCCGCCAGUUUGACACCCAUGCUUUGAGG